AUGGAGUGGUUGAUUAAUGCAGGGGAGAUUCUACUGAAUCCAAAACAACAAGUUUUCAUCAUUUAUUUGUGGUUACUCUGGAAUGCACCGGAAAAAAAAUAUUUUGAGAAUGAGGUUCCAGAGAUUAAAGCUUUAAAAAGGACGACAAAGAACUAUGUGGAUGAUAUCAAUUGUACUUGUACUGUUUCCCGUAGGGGUCCUUCUUUGUCACUCAAGAAUAAUAACGUUUGGUUUCUUCCAGAUGAAGGUUGCUUUAAACUUAAUGUAGAUGGUGAUGUUGGAGUUUUGAAUGGCACACGUGGUAUAAAGGCGGUGAUCCGUAAUGAAGAGGGAAGUCUUGUAGGGGCAAUUGCUAUGCCGGCCCCCUCCCUCAUCUCUGUUCUUGCUAUCAAAUUAUAUGCCAUUGGAAAGGGAUUGGAGUUUGCUAUUGACUUGGGUUGCAUUUCACUGAUAGUCAAAACUAAUUCUCUAAAUGCAGUUCAACUUGUUCAGAGUGAUGGAAAUUGUUUGGCUAUAGACAGGGUCUUUUUGGAUAGGAUUCGAGAUUUAAUCGAAGCGCAUCAAAUUACGGUUUCCUAUGUACCAAGGGAAGCUAACUUUGUGGCGCAUAGAUUAGCAUGUUAUAGCUUACAAUGUCGUGAGUCCUCGUUUUGGGUUGAGUCUGGGCCACCAUGGCUUGUAAAAAGUAUCGUGGCUGAGUCCGGGGAAAUGGUUUAUUUAAAGUGCUUAUGUAGAGACUCUUUUUCCUUGGCUAAGGUUUUUACCACUGGUUUACUUAGUUAA